AUUUAACUAAUCAACCUGAUUUCUAGCCAUGGGGUUCGAGAAAGUCAUUGUCGUCGACGGCAGGGGUCACCUUAUCGGAAGGCUUGCUAGUGUCAUUGCCAAACAGCUCCUUGAUGGCCAGAGGGUCGUUGUUGUCAGAUGCGAGUUGCUGAACGUUUCUGGAUCUUUUUACCGAAACAAGCUGAAGUACUUCGCCUUCUUGAGGAAGAGGAUGAACAGUAACCCAUGCCGCGGACCUUUCCAUUUCAGAGCCCCCAGCAAGAUCUUGUGGAGGACCAUCAGAGGCAUGAUCCCUCACAAAACCCAACGUGGAAUGGAGGCUCUUAACAGACUGAAGGUAUUCGAAGGAAUCCCAGCUCCUUAUGACAAGACCAAGAGGAUGGUUAUCCCCUCAGCUCUGCGAGUCCUCAGGUUGAAACCCGGCCGAAGGUACGCGUCUGUCGGCAGAAUAUCUCGUGAAGUCGGAUGGAAAUACGGUGAUGUUGUCGACAAACUGGAGGUUAAGCGAAAGGAAAAGUCCGCUGUUUAUUUCGAGGCUAAGAAGAAACUGAAUGCGUUGAAAGCUAAGGCUGAAGCUGGAGCAUAAUCUGAUUUUUUAGAAUCUUUUUAUUUAUUGAACAAA